AUUUUGCGCAGCAUGAACCUCGACGCGCUGCCGAGAGCGAUCUGCCUCGUCGGGUACGAGCACUGCAUUCAUGUGACCUCCACGGAGGCUACCUGCGCGACCAUGUACCUGCUCGCGCUCGCGUGGAUCGUGACCACGUCGAUCCACCGGUCGCGCAACCUCCUCGAGCACGGUCAUGCGACGCCGCUCCUGCCUGUACGCCGGCUCCGCUGGUUCCCGACGCUCCUCACAGGCGCGUUUGCGUGUCGGGCGGCGUGGUUCAUCCUCCUCGACGUGCAUGCGUUUGAAGCCAAGAGCGUCAACGGAACCUUUGAGCACACGUACGUGUACAAUCCGUUCUUCCGCAUGGACAUGGACCUCUUCCCGCUGGGUGUGGCGCUCUGGGAGCACAUUGCGACGCUCUUGUACGUCUCGGCGUUUACCAUUUUGCUGCGCUUCUACGACGACAUGCGCAACGUCACGUCCGUGCGCCGUGCGACUUGCUCUCUCCUCGAUAUGACGACGGCUGACCCCAUCGGGAUGCUAGAGGAGAGUCGGUGGAGGGCGCCGCGCCGGUCGAGCAAGAGCUACGUGGUCGUCAUCAACGUGUGGAUGUACCUCGUCGAAGCCAUCCUCUUCUUGGCCGAGGUACAUUGCCGUGUCCUUGGUUGCAUCGAGUUGACCACAAGUCGAUGGAAGACGCUGCUGCCCAUGGCCAAGACCAACCUCCUCAACAGCUCGCGCGACGUGAUCGAGUCGCUCUUCUACUUUGUGCUGGCUUGCCUCUUGGUGCGUGGCGCGUAUCGGCUCAAAGUCGACUUGCAGUCGUUUGAGCUCUCGCCGCUCGCGCAGUCGCUGGGCGCCCGCGUGUGGUGGCUCGGCCUCACGUGCGGCGUCUCGUUCCUCUUCAAGAGCGUCACCGGCUUGGUCCUGUACACGCUGCCCGAGAUCCUACCGGCUGUGAUCGUUGUCGCCAUGAUGCGCGUGCACAAGUACCUGCCCCCGGCGCGGCGAGACGACGCCGCUCCUUCCGCGAAGCACAGUUGUCCUGCUGCGUGCCACGAAGAGCUCUUGACGUCACCGCCCUUUAAGCAGUCGGUCAUGUGGCUCUAA